CAGAAGUGUACAAGAUAAAUUUUAUAUUUCCCAAUGGAGACAAGUAUGAUGGUGAAUGUAUACGAACAUCUUCUGGAAUUUAUGAGAGAAAUGGAAUAGGUAUUCAUACCACUCCUAAUGGGAUUGUCUACACAGGAAACUGGAAAGAUGACAAGAUGAAUGGUUUUGGAAAACUUGAGCAUUUUUCAGGAGCAGUAUAUGAAGGACAAUUUAAGGACAAUAUGUUUCAUGGAUUAGGAACUUACACAUUCCCAACUGGGGCAAAGUACACUGGAAAUUUCAAUGAAAAUAGGGUGGAAGGUGAAGGGGAAUAUACCGAUAUCUAUGGACUAGAAUGGAGUGGUAACUUCCAUUUCACAGCUGCUCCAGGCCUGAGACUAAAGUUCCAAAUGUAGAUGUUUUGCACUGAAGUUUAAAUGUGGCAAUUGAAGCCUUUAGUUGUAAGCAGGGCAGCUAAAUUUGUUAUCUGAAAUGACUUCAUACAUAACCUUCACAAAAUUUCCAAUAAAACUAUCACUCACUUA